AAUCAACUGAAUCACAAUUGUCAUUUGCCUUGCAGGAAUUUUCUAUGUAUUUGCGACAAUACUAUAAAAAACAAUGUAUUGUAUUGAUUGAUGAAUACGAUUCUCCAAUGGAAUGUGCCUAUAAUAAAGGAUAUUACGAAGUUGCAAAUGAAUUUUUUAAAGGCAUGUUCUCAUCAUUAUUGAAGAGCAAUGAUGAAAAUGUAGCAAAAGCUAUGUUAGUUGGUGUAUUACGAAUUGCAAAAUCAGGGUUUUUGUCUGGGUUAAAUAAUAUUACGAUAUAUCCUUUCCAUCAAGAAAAUUACGAAGAUUCAUCUCCUCUUUAUGUAGAUAAGUUUGGAUUCACGUCCGAUGAGGUAGAAUUAUUAUUGUCACUGCGUAAAAAUUUGCAAAUUAAUGACGUCCAAAAGUGGUAUGAUGGCUACAUCUCAGGAGGGAGUACCCAUUUAUAUAAUCCGUGGUCUAUUAUUCGUCUGCUUUCACGUGGUAUCUUAUGCGCAUAUUGGACAGAUACGGGAAGUACUCAAACAUUAGAAAAAUGUUUAUGGAGAGCAAGUUGUUCAUUCAAGGAAUCCGUUGAAAAGUUAUUAAAAGGGGAAAGUAUAACUAAUACUAAGGUUCAGGAUGACCUUCGAUAUUUACAUUUGGAUCAAUGUCAAGAUUUGGCUAUUUGGACACUUCUUUACUAUGCAGGAUACCUUACUAUGAAUUCCGAGAAGUAUCUUGUUAUUCCAAAUAAAGAGAUUCGUUCAGAAUGGCAUAAUUGGGUAACCAAUGUACCAUUUUUUACUCACGGGCAAACUAUUACAUCAAUGUUAAAUAAUCUUUUACUUGGAAAUCUUGAUUUAUUUAGUAAAGAAUUUAAAAAUAUGAUUGUAGAUACACUUUCGUUUUAUGAUGUCAGUGGGUCUAAUUCUGGAAAAAAUGCAGAAAAUAUUUAUCAUGCCUUUUGUUUAGGAGUGUUCGCUAAUGCUCGUGAUCGAGGGUUUAUUGUUCAUUCUAAUCGUGAGGAUGGUUUUGAAAGAUUUAAAGUUGUUCGUGAUAAAAAAACUUUACAUGAUAUGGCUCAAGAAGGAUUAACUCAAAUCGAAGAGAAGCAGUAUCGAGUAGGCCUAGAAAAACAUGUCAAAAAACUUUUGGAAAUAGGAAUUGCAUUUGAAGGGAAAAAAGCUUGUGUAUUAGGACAUUUAUUGCAUAGAACAGAGGAAGGUGCAUGGAACAAGGAUUACGAAAGUUUGAUUUCGGAUUAA